AUGUCACUCAAAGACUACCGUCUCCUCUGCUUCGACGUCUACGGCACGCUAAUAGACUGGGAAGGCGGCAUCCUCACUGCUCUUGAACCACUCCUCUCAAACGCAACAACCCAAUUCACCCGUGAGCAUCUCUUAACAGUCUUCCACGAACUUGAAAGCAUCCAGCAAAAGUCAACCCCAGAAAUGCCCUACUCAACCCUCCUAGCAACAAUCCACCCAAUCCUCGCCACCCGCCUAGGACUAGAAUCUCCCAGCAAAGAAGAAAGCCAAGUAUUCGGCGACUCAGUCGGAUCAUGGCCCGCCUUCCCAGAUACAGUAGACGCCUUGCGCCGUCUAUCAAAGCACUACAAGCUGGUCGUCCUCUCAAACGUGGACCGGGCCUCGUUCGCUAAAUCUAAUAGCGGGAGUCUACAGGGUGUACCAUUUGAUAUGGUGAUCACUGCACAGGAUAUCGGCAAUUAUAAGCCCGAUCUACGCAAUUUCAAGUAUAUGCUCGCAGCCGUGGAAAAAGAAUUUGGAAUUCGUCCCGCACAGGUCUUGCAGACUGCCCAGAGUCAGUUCCAUGAUCAUCAGCCUGCGAAGAGGGUGGGGAUUCACUCAGUCUGGAUUGAGAGGCCUGGGGCUACGAUGGGGAAUCUGGAGGAGCCGAUUUUUGAUUGGCGGUUUGGGACUCUUGGGGAGAUGGCUGAUGCUCUAGAGUGA